AUGGGUUUAGGUCCUCUUAUUGAACUCUCUGGUCUUGAUGGUCCUCGUUGCACCGGCCUACCUUCUCAAGCGGUUGUAGCGGAUGCAAUUCGCGAUGGGAAUUGGUGGCUUCAUCGCUCACGAAGCCGUAACCCAAUUAAUUCUCUGGUCUGCCAAUGCCUGCCAGAUCCUCACCCCAUUGCAACAGCUGAGGAGGAUGACGCUUACUUAUGGAAAAUUGGCUCCAAUGGAGUUCCUAGAGGUUUCUUCUCUGCCUCGGCAACUUGGAAGCACCUACAUCCUACAUCCUCGGUGGUGCCUUGGUUUAAGACGAAUUCCAAAGCACUCGUUCAUCUGUUGGGUUGCAGCCCGUGA